AAUAUCAAUGUACCCACAUUUUAGUGACAAGCGAUGGUUGCAAGUAUUGUCUGUAUGGCAUACGCAACUUCAUAACAAAGCGUUACAAGUGUCGACUGAAUGUCACACGUAAUGUCUUAUACUAAGCUGCACUACGAUUAUUAUUAUUUUUUUUUAAAAUUAACGUUGCAAGUAUUGACUGGAUGUCAUACGCAAAGAUUAAUACGAUAUAUUAUGUCGAUAUAUUGCCACAACAUGUAAUAUGUUAUGAUAUUUUUUCAGUUGCUGAAAUUCAUUCGGAAAACAAGGACGAUGACGAUAUAUUCUCGGUUUUCGGCGAAGAUCCAACUCUGAGCAAAGAUUUUGGAGAAGAAAUACAUUCUCACUUAGCAGUUCGUUGGAAUAAUAUUUUACAGAAAGGAAUUAAAAAAGAAAAUCGUUCUGACUUAAUAAAACAAUAUUUGCCACCUUCCAACUGUACUUUCUUGCUUCCUCCAAAACUGAACGAUGAAAUAAAAGCUGCUGUUCAAGAAACCGCCGUGAAAAGAGAUUCUAAACUAGAACAAAAACAGGCUCAACUUGGAGCUGGCAUUACUUGCAUUGGUAAAGCUAUUGACGUAGCUCUUAAAAUACCCGACAAACAAUUGCGGGAAAAAAUAAUUAAAUAUAUGGGUGAUGGCGGACAAAUAUUAACGGAUCUUCACUAUUUAGAGUCGUUGACCAGAAGAUCACUUUUAGGACAAGGGUUAAAUAAAAAUACUAAAGAUGCCAUAAAAGACAUACCUCGAGAUAAUUUUUUAUUCGGCGAAGUGUUACCCGACAAAUUAAAAGCUGUUAAGGCGUGUUCAAAGUCAGCUACUGACAUUAAAGUUAAGCCACAAAAAGCUUCGUCUUCACAUCAGAGACCGAACAGUAAGGCGUCUAAUAAUUCAUAUACCGCCCCAGCGACUUUAAACUGGAGGGGCUCGUCUCACCGGCCACUGAACACCAUGACGGCAGGCGCGUAUCGCGAGCGCCGUCCUGCAGCGCCAACGUCCUCAGCAGCCCCGCGUCGGGCGCAGACGAGCCAGCGCCCUCAACAAGCCAAGCGGUCUUAGAGGACGACCAGAGAACGGCACCCACAAUACAAAACGCUGUCUUUGAUGGCAGGAGUUUUGUGCGGGCAGCGUUACUGAGAAGAGGAGCACCUACCGAGGCCUUAGAAAUAUUGUUAGAUUCUCUAUCAGCAAAUACUUAUAAACAGUACCAAUCAGCCUUAAAAGAGUGGAAUCUAUUUUGUAUAAAAAACAGUUAUGAUUGUUACAAUACAUCAAUUAAGAUAAUUUUAAGAUUUCUUGCAAUUAUUUGUAAUAGAGGUGCAAAAUAUGGAACCUUAAAUUGCUAUAGGUCAGCUUUGGUUUUGAUUUUAGGGAAACAGAUGGACGAUGAAUUAAUAUCUCGUUUUCUAAAAGGGGUAUAUAGACGUACACCUGCUCUGCCUAGAUAUGAUUAUACCUGGGACCCAUCUAUUGUUCUGGACAAACUAAGUAGUUUAUAUCCAAAUGAAGAAAUAACUUUUGAAUUAAUUUCGAAAAAGUUGAUUACAUUGCUAGCAUUAGUAACUGCUCACCGCGUUCAGACACUGUCUCUUAUUAAAUUACCCAAUAUCGAAAUAAAUAAUACAAGAAUCUUAAUUAAGAUACCAGACAUGAUCAAAACCUCAGGAGUAAAUCGAUCUCAACCUCUAUUAAUACUUCCAUUUUUUGAUGAAAAGCCUGAAAUUUGUCCAGCAAAAACACUUGUAUCAUAUUUAAAUAGAACUGAAUCAUUGAGGCCGAUUAAUGUAAAUCAUUUAUUUAUUAGUUUUAAAAGACCGUAUUCUAGAGUGUCUUCUCAGACUUUGAGCAAAUGGAUAAAGUGUACGCUGGAAUUCAGCGGAGUGGACACUACAAUAUUCAGUGGCCAUAGUACGCGGCACGCCGCCACGUCGGCAGCGAGCCGUCGUGGAGUCAGCUUGCAACUGAUCCGUAAGACCGCAGGCUGGUCUGCCACUUCUCGCGUUUUUGCUGAUUUUUAUAACAGGCCUGUUGUUGAGGACUCUCUAGAAGACGGUUUUGCUAGAGCUAUUAUUGAGAGCUAA